CAUUGAUUCUUCCCCUGCAACAUUUGGAGGAUUGCCUAUUUAGUCUGAAUGAGAAAAGCUAUUGGAAAUCUGUGAACAAGGAAAAUAAUAUCCAUUCAACUUUGAAACAUGACACCCACAACCGAAUAAGGGAUUAUAUUGUAAUUGAUUUAACAUGCCAGAUCUAUUUUCUGAAAGAGGUCAUAAUUCUUUUCUGAACAGCUCCUAAAUUAUAUGGAAUAGAGUCUUACGUUAAAGAAAGGCGAAGUUACAGCCUUCCUCGACUGGGAGGAGGAUUACAGGAAAGUCUGAGCCACAGUUUAUCACACACCGUCCAGCCUCCGGGCGCACUCCAGUCUCUGCUGUGCGCGUCGCGGUUCAGAAAAUGGAAAAUAAAAUAAACGAAAGGAUGAGCACCAUCAGUACUUCGAUCGCUGAUUCCACCAAUACAACAGUGAAAGACUUGAUUGAAGCUGGGUACAGUAAUACUAAAUUAUCUAACGAGUCAGAGUCUUUAAAUUCCAUGUCCUCCGCCGUGCGUAAUUUUGGAAUCGCCGGAACACUGAUCCACGUUCAAAAUUCAAGUGUCGACGGCGCAGUUUUCAAAGAGUGUAACGUACUUGAUGGAAAACAUUUUUAUGACCGUGGCAGUGAAUAUCUUAAGUGUGACAGUGUACCUUGGGACGACUUUGUAAAUGUUCAGAGGACGAAUGUGGCCUCAUCCGAAAGUUUGCCAGGCGCAAAUUUAAGUCUCUCCUCGAUAACCGGAGCGUGUAAGUUCAUCAAAGAUGAAAAGGACCCAUCUGUGAUUAUGGACACCCCUUGUCCCAACUUUGAUCAAUCAUCGGAGAUACCUGUUUUUGACACCUGUUGUGACACUGACAGAAAGCAGCAGAUGGGGCUUUGUGAGGGUGAGUCGACAAGCUUCACACCGGCAGCGGCGGUUCCUCAACCGGGGCUGGAAGGAUCUCCAACCUUUCUGAUCGACCUGAACCAGUCAGAGCAGCUACCGGCGCUAAGCCAGGUUCGGGCUGACUCCAGGGAUAGUUCGUCCGGGAAGGCUGUUAUCAACUUUGAUGCCAACAGGCACACAACCACGCAAAUGAUGAUGUUCAAGAACGAGGUUCCCCGUUGGCAGAUUCAGACCUCUCCGGCUGAGCAUCAGUACUGGUGCCAGUCCGCAGGGGUGACCGAAGACCCCUUCUCACACAGCGGCUAUGAUGGGAUCCAGAACCAGGCCCUGUCUCAGAGGAACCCAUCGCCCUUUACCACAUUCCCCGGUAUGCCACCUCAGAGAAUGUGUGUGAUCUGUGGUGAUGAGGCAUCUGGUUGUCACUAUGGAGUCCUAACCUGCGGGAGCUGUAAAGUCUUUUUUAAAAGAGCAGUUGAAGGCCAUCAUAGCUAUCUCUGUGCUGGGCGAAAUGACUGCAUUGUGGACAAAAUCCGGAGGAAAAAUUGCCCUGCAUGUCGUCUCCGAAAGUGCUAUCAAGCAGGAAUGAUGCUCGGAGGCAGGAAGCUGAAGCGUUUUGGGGCCUUGAAAGCUUUGGGUUUGGCCCCGUCCUUGAUGUUCCAGUCCCACUUGGCCAUGUCCAGUGACAAUCAGGCCAUGACUUCUAUGUCUUGCAUACCAGGCAUUCGUGAGGUGCAACUCUCCCAACAGAUCAUCAAUGUCCUGGAAAAUAUCGAACCAGAGGUUGUGUACUGUGGUUAUGACAACACCCAGUCCGAUGUUUCCCAUCUUCUGCUUAAUAGUCUCAACCGUCUUUGUGAGAAACAACUGGUGUGGAUUGUCAAGUGGUCUAAGUCUCUGCCAGGGUUUCGUAAUCUUCACAUCACUGAUCAGAUGACCCUCAUUCAGUACUCGUGGAUGAACCUGAUGGUGUUCUCUCUUGGCUGGCGCUCCUUUCAGAAUGUCACUAGCGAGUAUUUGUUCUUUGCACCUGAUCUUGUUCUUAGUCAGGAGCAAAUGAGGAGAUCUCCGAUUUAUGACCUCUGCCUGGCCAUACAGUUCAUCCCUCAGGAGUUUGCAAAUCUUCAAGUUACCCGUGAGGAGUUUCUCUGCAUGAAAGCAAUUAUAUUACUAAACACAGUGCCUCUUGAGGGACUCAAAAGUCAGGCAAUAUUUGAAGAGAUGAGACAAAACUACAUCCGGGAGCUGACCAAGGCUAUCCACAUGAGGGAGAAGGGCUUGGUGGCCAGCUCACAGCGAUUCUACCACCUCACCAAACUGAUGGAUGCCAUGCAUGAUAUAGUGAAGAAGGUCAACCUAUUCUGUCUGAGCACCUUCAUCCAGGCAGACGCCAUGAAAGUGGAGUUUCCAGAGAUGAUGACAGAAGUCAUUGCCUCCCAGCUUCCCAAGGUGCUGGCAGGCAUGGUGAGGCCCCUCUUAUUCCACACCAAGUGAUGCAAGCACAGACAUCGCAACUCUGCAGAGACAUCUUGUGAAUGGAUUACUGAUCUUUCAAUUACUGGAUUCUUUCACUAUUGUAGUCAGUCAUCUAUACUUUGCCAAAUUGCCUCUAAUGGUCUUUACCCUUUUACUUUAAGAGGUGACAGAAUGAACAUAUUCCUUAAAAAUUAUGUUUUUUAGUACAGACUAUCUUUAAUAUUAUGAAUUCAGAGGCAUCAAUCAAUAAAGCUCUUCUGUAUAAUUAUGGUAUAUCCACCCUUUCCUAUCCUAUCCUACAACUUGUGUACAGAUGGUAUUUAUUAGCUGAUACACAGUAGGUCUGGAAAACCACAAGGGAUACUUCAUUUUUGUACUGAAGCUGCCAACAAGAAAAAAUACACAAAAACAUAAAAUUCAGUGUUUCUCACAAACAUUUUAUUCUUAGUAGAGGAGAAAUAGGGGAGACACUGAAAUCUGCCACUUUAACUAAUCAAAUUAUUUUAGGGUUAGCAGCUGUGUGACUCAAUGCACCUAUAGGGGAAAAUGAGAAGAUAACUAAUAAAAACAGGGCACAUCUCCACAAAGGCUGCACAAUGCCCAAAAUGUGUUAUUUUCAUAACAGAACAUAAAAAUCUGCAUCUCGAUCUGCGUCAGAAUACACACAAUGAGAGAAAUGGGAUACAUGUGACAGGUUUAAUUCAAGUGAAUGCAGUAGUUAAUUAAAAAUUAGAAAAUGUUUUCAAAAAAGCCCCAUUUCAUAAUAUACAGAAAUCCUUUAUAAUUUCUGUAUCAGCAGAUCUGUAAAAAUAAUUAAUCCCUUUCUCCUCCGCACAUGGUCUUUCUCUAAAUAAUUUUUAACUGAAAUCUGUUACUAGUUGUACAGUUAACAAACAAAGCAAUGUGCCAAAAUGUAACUUCCCUGGCAGAGGUAAUAAAAACAUGGAAAGUAGAACACAAAGAGACAACUAUAUUUUACCAAAGGUUAAUACAUUUACAACACAUUCUCACUAUUCAGCCUUCUUUACAUGUUGAAUACAAAGUUUCUUACUGCAGUAAGCACAAGUUAAACUCACUAACUGUGAUAAAGAAUUUGGACCACAGGUCUAAUAAAUCACUGUUUAUUUAUAGACAUGUUUAUGCACCUCCAAGACACAGUGGAUGACUUCAAGGAAACAAGCUUGCCGUAUAAAAUUUAAGUAUGUCAAAUGUUACAUAUUCAGGAUAUGGAUAUAAUUUCUGUGAUAUGCUCCUGCAAAUUGAGACUGCAAGGGAGUGUUAUUCCAGCAUCAAUGGUCAAGGCCACCUGACAUUCUUAAAGAUGUAAAUGGAAAAGAACCUCCUGAUCUUGGAAAGUACAAGAUCACAAAUACCUUCGGACACCAGAGAAUGUCUUACGUUGGAGUGAUUUUUCAGUUUAUAAUAACUGAAGAUGUUGAUUAUUUUCUUUUUAGAUAAUAAUGAACUUUGUACUUUGGAAAUGUUGUGACAGUAAAAAUUAAAUAUGAAAUAGCAUCUUUAACAUAAUAUAAUUUGAUACAUGUCUAGUUGUCAUUACUAGUACACCAGUGUACCAGUGAGUACAGUACCACAGGCAUUAAAUGUGAAGGCUCCACCUCACGAACAUAGCAUUCAUGACAUUAUAUAAAAAAAAACAAUUUACAUUCGGCAUAUAUUUGAUGUGAUAAUUUAUAGUAAUAAAGUGUUACAGGAAGUAAAUAUUUUGAUUAGCAUCGACAGAAGAGCUCACUAGCAUUACUGUACUGUACUGUACAGUACUGUGUAGCUAACCAGAAAGUGCACUGCAGCAGUGAGCAGGUUCAAUGGAUGAUCAAUGAUCACAGGCCAUAAACAUGAAAGUUAAGGUGCAAACCCAUUAUGGAUUCUAAUAGAUUAGAUUAUUAUCAUUAUUUUUAAUCACAGUGUGUUCAGUUACAGUUAAUACAAAAUGUUUAUGAAACUACAGAUUUUCAUUUGCAACUUGAUGAAAGUGUUAUGUUGAUUUAAUGGGCAGUUAAAAGAUAAUAUAUUUCUGAGAAUAAAUCUUGUGAAAUAGGA